GACUCAUCCUCUCUGCCUCUCCCUCCCCCCCUCCUACCUCUCACUCUUGCACAUACGCCAGAGCUCAGACUGCAGCAGAGCGCAGAGCCAGCAAGGAUUUUCUCUUUCUAUUUGUGGGAAGGCUGAGACAUCUACUUGGUGCGAAGGUCCUGCAUGGAGAAUUGACUGAGGAAGAGAUUCUGAAAAAAGCUCCUGAGUGUGUCGGUUGACAACUGGCUGUCUGAAGGAAUUUUUAAAGCCCCAUCUCAAUCUUUUCUAAGGGACCUGUCAGCUACCCAUCAUCUCCUCAGAUUAGGAUGCUCCGCUGUGCGCCCCUGUGCUGAGGAGGCGUUGGCGGGCAGCAGCAUGGACGCUGUGCUGACUGGCAUCCCCACCAUCCCUUCCACCACCACCAAUCUGCCACCACCACCACGCUGCCCAUCCGAGCCGGGCGCUCCCCCCAUCCCUGCUGAUGGGCGAAGACACUGACGCCACUCCUACGCUCAACCACCACGGCUUCCUCCCCGACCACAACUAUGUGACUGAAGGGCUGCUCCUGGCUAUAGCCUGAAGAGCUCCGCCCAUCCCGUCCACCCCUCUCCACCCUGGAGUCCUCCCCCAGGAUGUUGAGCCCCAUCCAGGUGCUGUGCUCCGACAUCACUACCCUUUCUCUGGAGCCUGAGCCGUUUGCCUCUUACACUGAAGCGGAUAUUAUCUCUACUGUAGAGUUCAACCACACAGGAGAGCUCCUGGCCACAGGGGACAAAGGAGGCCGUGUGGUCAUCUUUCAGAGGGAACCCGAGAGCAAGAAUGAGCCAUUUUCCCAGGGAGAGUACAACGUCUACAGCACCUUUCAGAGCCAUGAGCCUGAAUUCGACUACCUUAAGAGUCUGGAGAUUGAGGAGAAGAUCAAUAAGAUCCGAUGGCUGCCCCAGCAGAAUGCUGCACACUUCCUUCUCUCCACCAAUGAUAAAACCAUUAAGUUGUGGAAGGUGAGUGAAAGAGAUAAACGGCCAGAAGGAUAUAACCUGAAGGAUGAGGAAGGUCGCAUCAAGGAUGUAUCCACAGUCACCUCUCUGCAGGUGCCGGUCUUGAAGCCCAUGGAUCUGAUGGUGGAGGUGAGCCCUCGGCGAGUGUUUGCUAACGCCCACACGUACCACAUCAAUUCCAUCUCGGUCAACUCGGACUAUGAGACGUAUAUGUCUGCCGACGAUCUGAGGAUCAACCUCUGGCAUCUGGACAUCACUGACCGCAGCUUCAACAUUGUGGACAUUAAACCAGCAAACAUGGAGGAUCUGACGGAGGUGAUCACAGCUGCAGAGUUUCACCCCCACCAUUGCAACCUGUUUGUUUACAGCAGCAGCAAAGGCACCCUGCGCCUCUGUGACAUGAGAGAAGCAGCACUGUGCGACAAGCACUCCAAAUUAUUUGAGGAGCCAGAGGAUCCGAGCGCUCGCUCCUUUUUCUCUGAGAUUAUCUCCUCCGUGUCAGAUGUGAAGUUCAGCCACAGCGGCCGCUACCUGCUCACCAGGGACUACCUGACUGCCAAGGUGUGGGACCUCAACAUGGAGAGCAAACCCCUGGAGACGUACCAGGUACACGAUUACCUCCGUAGCAAGUUGUGCUCCCUCUACGAGAACGACUGCAUCUUUGACAAGUUUGAGUGUGCCUGGAACGGCUCGGACAGUGUGAUCAUGACCGGAGCCUACAACAACUUUUUCCGAAUGUUUGACCGUAACACCAAGCGUGAUGUGACCCUGGAGGCCUCGAGGGAGAGCAGCAAACCCAGGGCCGUCUUGAAGCCUCGGAGGGUCUGCGCCGCCGGCGGGAAACGGCGGAAGGACGACAUCAGCGUUGACAGCCUGGACUUUACCAAGAAGAUCCUGCACACGGCCUGGCACCCCAAUGAGAACAUCAUCGCCAUCGCCGCCACAAACAACCUGUACAUCUUCCAGGACAAACUCAACUCUGAGAUGCACUGAUGAAAGGAUGUCGGCGGUGGGCCACAACAAGUUUACAAGCAAACAUGCAACUAUGCUAGAAUGUACAUUAUCAGACUCAAACAACGGCCCAGAGAAUCCAGGAAGAUGCCUAACACACACACUUAAAACGCAUACACACAUUUAUCUCCUCCUCACCCUCCCACAACUGAAAUGGAGACCAGUCAGGGAUAAAAAAGGGAACAGGUUGGAUUACACAAUGCUUUAUCUUUUGACAAUUGUCCAAACUGUGUUUAUUUUUAAUCAUUAACCUGUGGAUUGUGGUUACUGGUGUUUAUCACCACAGAUUGACCUCUGAGAGGGGAUCAGAUCUUCUCUCAGACCCAGAGGAUGUUUAUAUUUCUUUGUCUUUUUAAACUCUCACUUUUGCUUUCUCCGCCUCCUCCUCUCUGUAUUUGUGUGCUCAAGCGAAGCCUAUUCUUAUCCCCUUUGCCCAGUGUUUUGUGUAAAAAUGGGGCAUUUAUAUAACUGUCGGUUUUUCAUUCCAGAUAAAUCACUGUUUUUGUAACUUGUUGUUAAACGUCGAUGACGAAGGCAAAUCUGAUGAUCAAAAAUGAAAAGUUGUGUGACAAGGAUGACUCGGUUGACUCUCCCCUCGACCUGACUCCAUCAGACCGUGCUCUCUAGUGAAACAUUCAUAGUCCUGGUCGAAGCAGACAUUAAAAUCGAUUCCAAAACACGGCGUGUGUUCAAGCAAUGACUGUUUUCACUUUUAGCCAAAACAUGUCUAAACAUACCUGUUUGUGUUUUCUUCUUCUGAUCCAGGGCUGUUUUGUGCUGCUGCUGCUUCAACACUGAAUACAUUUAACUCAAAUAAAGCAAAAAAAAAAAAAAAAGAAAAAGUACAAAAAAAGUGAAGAAGUAUUUGCAACAAUCAAGCAAAAAGAUGCUGCAUGUCCAACAAAUUUAUUUUAUAAAUUGUCUGUCUGACUGACUUGGCUGCCUUCUUUAAACAUUUAGACCUAGCUAUAGAAAGGCUUCGGGGGCCCUGACGGGGGGCCCCUCGCAGCAGCACGAGCCACCGUAGAUGACCGAUGACCUCUUAGUGUCCACAGAUGCUGAAGCAUGUUCGGUUUGUACACGUCCAUUCUGAAUAAAGUUGUCGACAAAUCCGUCAAAAACUGAGAACGAAGAAUAAUGGGGAAUGUUUCAGAUUUAAUGAUAAACCUUAAUAAAAAAAAAAAAAAAACAAUAAAUGUGAAAGGGGCCUCAGUGGUGUCUGUAUAUAAAAGCUCUGUUUCUGACAUGAGGUUUUGUUUUGUCUGUAAACCAACUGCAGACUUGCCUCCAGUGUUACAGCGGAGUGAUGGUACUUAAAUCGCCUCAGCCUUCCUCACUGAUUACUUUUUGGAUGUGCAGUUUUUAUUUUUUAAAAGACGGAUGCUUCUUUAUUUGGAACAUGUCUAGGUUGUCCUCCUUGUCUUUAACAAAGACAUUUGAUUCACAUAUUUUUGUCUAAAUAUAUGUCAACAAAAUGAUUGUCAAAUGGACAGUUAUAAAUAAUGUUAAUAUGUUUCUUUCUCUUUUUUCAAUAAAGGAUUCAAGAAAAUUGCACCCAA